AAUCCGGAUUUUAAUCAGUCCGAGUUUGUCUUUCGUGGAGUUUGGUUCAGUUAGUGUUGAUUUUGGUGAAUUCGUUUUGCAUUUAAAGUGCAAGUGUGUUGUGCGAUGGCCGGUGUUCUGGUAUCGCCUCCGGCGGGUUGAGAUGUGCCCCAAGUGACCAUGUCUCAGUGCAAGAAGUUCGCGCCCAACAUCUUCCACAAGACCAAGUGCUCCAACUGCUUUCGGCAGAAAGAGGAGCAUUCGGCUGAAGCCCUGGAAUGCAAUCGGGCGAGUCGUUCGAUAGCCCGAAGCGGCUACCUGUUCGUGGCACCGGAUUGGGACUUCUCUGUGCCUCUCAACAGGACGAAGAGAUGGCAACGUCGUUGGUUUGUCCUGUACGACGACGGGGAAUUGAACUAUUCAGUGGACGAACACCCGGACACCAUCCCCCAGGGCUCGGUCGACAUGUCGAAAGUAUUGGAAGUGACCGGCGCCGAGCAGGUCACCGGCCACCCUCACUCCCUCGCCCUCACCAGCCCCGACCGCGUCACCUUCGUCAAGGCGGCGAGUCGGGAGGACGCCCGUUGGUGGGCCGAGUUGUUGGCUGUUUUCCCUCGGCGCCAUAAGCGCAACGCCACCUUUCCGGGGGGUAGAGCCUCUCCUAGCCUUCCACAGCUGGGGCGCAGCGCAUCUCCGCAGCCUCCACGACCGCGACACCUCUCCUGCAGUGGCCCUAGUCCCCGGACUAAUUUCGAGACACCCCCUUUAAAGGAGGAACGUGAGUCACCCCCUAAGGAGGAGCCCCGGCCAGGAUGGUUGCCUGAACCCACCGGCAACGUGACCAUCGAAACCGUUCCGAGUCCGAUAAGAAACGAUUACUUAAUAAGUUCGGGGUCUCCCCCGACGCGGGACAAGUUACGAUGCGACGACAAGGCCAGAGCUCGUCGCGAUUGGCGCAACGAGCGUCUCCGAGACAUCGCGACGGCUUUAACCGACCGUUCUCCCGAAUCGAGUCUAGCCCUUCCGGCUGAAAGUCUCCUCCAUCUCAAAAAGGGCUGGCUGUGGCUGAAAACAAUUGAAGGCGAUUUUGUAAUGCGAUGGGCGGUUCUAUUUGGUCCCACCCUCAACGUCUAUCAAGACCAAGACGAACAGAAUCCCGAAAUCGUCGUCGAAAUGUCAUCCGUUUCAAGUUUCAAUGAAAUUCCGACCGAAACGAAAUUUGGUUUUGAAAUCAAAUGGGCAGGUCCGACUCUUGUACUAUACGCUGUGACGUCAGGCAUCCGUUCUAAUUGGCUGCAAGCGCUAAAAAAGGCGGUGCCUGCGUCAAGUUCCGAAAGUCCGACCACGCCGCGUUCGGUACUCUUAUCGAGCGACGAGGAGUAUCGAACAGCGUCCGAAGGUGGUCGAAGAGGAUCGGAAGAUUGGGGGGAACUCCCGCCGUCGCCGCCUUUGACCCGAAGUUCGUUAAAUCGGGUCAAAACAACGCGAAUUCGACCAAGGCUACCGAGAUGUCAGUCGAGGCAAUCAACGUUAGACAGCACGUCGACUGAUGAGUUGGAUUGUAUGAAGCUGCCAGACACCGUCGAAUUGAAUAACGAAAUAAACAAACAAAACGUCGAAAUAAACGAUUUGCAAAAACAGUUGGCCAAAUCGGUGGAGGAAGUGAGGAGUUUAGAGGAAGAAAUUGCCAGGUUGAAGAAACUUCAAGCUGAGGCAAUGAUUCAAGAGAUGAAAUUCAAAGAAAUGGCGCUGGCAUUUGAACGGACCGAACGCGAAUUAAACCAAAGAAAUUCUCAAGCCGAGCUCAAAUUCACAAAAGAGCAGCGAAGUCUACAACGCAAAUUGGCCGAAUCCGAGGAUUUGGCCGCCAGUUAUGAGGAAAAAUGCUCAAAUUUGAGUCGCGAGCUCCAGACGAAACAACGCAUCUUGGGGAAUUUACAAGAGGAGUUGUCGAGUACGAACGAACGGUUCGGGCGACUUCGCGACGAAAACGACCGAUUAUUCAAGCGAGUCCAGGAGUUGGAAGGCCGAGGGGGUCACAAGAGGGGUAUACGGUGCGACUCGUUGACCGACUUGACGAACAUCGACUUGGACGUCGAUAUUGACGAGUUGGGUCAAAACGAGUUGAAGGAGUAUUGUUUGGACCUGAGGGGGCGGUUUGAAAAGGCCGUUUUGGAAAUUCGUGCUGUGAAACGAGAAUUGAGGGAUGCACACGAAAAAUGUGAUAACUUGGAGUUGAUGAAUUACAGUAUUCAAAAUAAUUUAGAAAUGGUAAAGCAGGAAAGUCAAGCCGAGAUCGGGUUGUUGGUCUCGAGGCUUGAACAUCUGACGCAGAAAUUGAACGCAGCGGAGAAACAGAUCAGGACUAAGAGUAAGAGUGAGUCAAGAGACAAGAGAAGGUCUUUGUCACUUAAAGGACGCGAAAGUUUCUCGAUCAACAAGGAAGUUGAGGAAAAAGUGGCCGAAUUGGAGGAGAAAAUCCUGGCUUUAGAACGUGGGCGAACGAAGCGAAAAUACAAGAGGGACCGAAGCAGCGAACGAAAUUCACCAAUUGACGACAAGUCCUUGCGGCGGCUACGGCGCAAAAGCCUCGAUAGCGCCACUUCGUCCGAACCUAUGAAACUCCUAAUGCGCUUAAGCACCUUGGAAAGUCAAGUAACCAACGUGAACGCCUCCACGGAGUCUCUCAAUGUGGCCUUAGCCGUGUCUGAUUCACCUGUCAAAACAAAAAUCGACGAGUGCCUUAAUCAAGUCGCCUUAUUAAAAACAAUGGUCAAACGAUCACAUUCGUUGUCUGCUCUAGAGCAAAAUCUGACGGAACUGAAUGAAAUCGUAGACGCGGAUUCUAUUACAACUAAUGUUACUAGUGCGGAAAUCAACGUAAUUAAUUCAUCGGCGAGUGCUGUGGUGAAACAAUUGCAUACUUUAUUAGUCGAAAAGUUGAAAAAUCUGUCAGAAAGGAAACGGUCUUUGCGAGAAAGCAACAAACUCGACAGUGACUCGAAAUUAGAGAUUUUGGCCGAGAAAGUCGCUUACGAAAAUAUACUGAUUGGGCGAAUCCAAGAGGCUUUAACGAGUCCAGCAACCGGCGAAGUUACAUGUGAACGGUUAGUAAACAAAGAAGUGCGCGAAACGGCCCAUUUGAUGAACUCUUUGUCGAAAAAAUUAAACGGCGGUUCGAAACAAAUGCCGACGUGUAAAACAAGCGCCGACUACUUAACGAAAAUCUUGGCCAAGUGUUUGAUGACUGCGGCCGGAGGUGCGUCAGGUUGUAAAAACUUUGUUUCGAGUUGUGCCCCCUCGAUGGAGUUUCUCCGAACCGAGCAGAAGAAGUUGGGGGCGAUGUUAGACUCAUAUAAGGCUGCAAAAUUGCCAGUACUCGCCGAAAUCCUGGCUGGAGAAACCUUAUCGGUUGAUAAGAAUUGUCGGCUGAAAAAAUUGAGCGACGAUGUUGUCAGUGAGUUCACUAAAGGGGCGAAAGAUGUUGCUAAUUCAGAACUGAUACAAUCGGAGAUCAAUCACGUGCUGUUGAGAGCAGCGCAAAUUUAUCAAGGACACAUCGAUGCCGACCAUCCUUAUUUCUUCACGUUUUUCGCAUCGGAGAGGGCGGCACUUGAGCUCUGGUCGGAUUCAGUUGGUGACUGUCUUUACGAAGAGGUCAAUAAGAGUGUGUCAGAAUUGACUGAGCUUUAUUUGAAUCAAUUGAACAAGUUGCAAAGACAGAACUGGCGGAGACGUCUCGAAUCAGAGCGAAGUCGUUCAUCUUCGGCUCUUCUUCAGGAAUUCGCUGAUGUCGUAGCUCAUAAGGCCCUGAUCGAUGCACGAAUGGACGUUUUGAGUGGAAAAUGUUCAACAUUGGCUCAGUUGAGUGCGAAAGAGUCGUUAGGGAAUUGGUUACAGAACGACAAUCUGUGGGAUUGUCUUGAGAACCAAUCGGUACAAAUAAACCAAAGUGUAGAAGCCGAGUUUAUGUGUAUGAUAGAUAGGUGUAGUAAAGAUUGUUACGCUCUGGUUGGUCAACCGGAACUCGAGGAGGUCUUAGGAUACUUAAAUGAUUUGGCUGACGAAAUCGGGGAAUUGCAAAAACAAGCGAAUUUACCGGUGGAGUAUGAUGAAGUCGUUGUGAGGAAUUGGGGGGAUGUGUGUGCCAAGUGUAGGAGUUUAAGGGAUAAAUUGGAGGAGGUGCGAAAAAGUAUCGAGAGGACAUCGAAAGGAAUCACGAGGACACCAUCCUUCAGAAGAUUGGAGUCUUUUGAAGAACACCGUCCGGUCUACCUCGGCACCGAGUACCUAACCCAGGUGGAGAACCUCCGCGCAGCGUACCGUUGUGCCCUCGCUUCGUGUAAAGAGCGCCACCAGGAGUCAGACAUCGAGCAGUUACAGAUUCUCUGUGAGCGUGUUUUGCUCGCAAUGGAGCAAUGGCAUCGUCGGACCAUUCAGGAAUUGCGAGAAACGCACGCACAAGAAACCGAACGCUUGCGUCAAGAGAAGGAACAAGCUCUUGCCGAAGAGACGCAAGCCACUUUGGCUGCACUCGAUGCUAUGAAAAAGGCCCACGAGGCGGAAGUACAAAGAGAGGUGGCGAAGUUUAAACAAGAGUAUGCGAGACAGCAGAGACACGAUCUGCUCGACUUAUCAGAAAGGCUGUCAGUGAAGUGUUUGGAAGCCGCUGCUUUAGAAGAACAGUUAGGUAGUGCCACUAGACAGCUGACGCAAGCGCAGCAACACAUUUUGCAACUUGAGCGGAACCCCCAGCUCUCACCUAUGCAGAACUGAAGGAGUGUAUCCGUGAGAUGCGAAUUUACUAGUCUAAACGAGCCUCAUACGUAACCAGUAUAUUUUAAUACAGUACAAUAUCAUCACCGUUGUGUACAGAUCAUAGCACCUUUUUUUGAUUGUCAUUAUUCAUAUAUUAUCGUUGUUUUUUUUUUUUGGGUGUCAUCAUAUACUUGACUUUCUAUUAUUUAUUUUUUACCUCAUCAACUCUGUAUCCACUGUUAUUAGGUGUACAAAUUUAGCUGUAGUUAUUUUUUGUAACAGUUUAUUGUUUAUAUGUGUUGGGUUUAUAUGGAAUGUUUAUAAUUACAACAAAAAAUAAUAUAAAAUAAUUUAUCAGUUAA